UUGCAAAUACUUCAAUUUCAAUUAAACAUCGAUUUACAAAAUGGGAAACCAAUUAGUCGGUAUCGCGCCUAGUCAAAUAUUUCCAGUAGAACACUAUUUGACGGACCAUAGUGACUUAUUAUUUGAUGUAAAUUUAGGAAGUACUAGAUUUUUUAAAGUGGCACGAGCCAGGAGCCAAGAGGGUCUUAUAGUAGUUAAAGUUUUUGCUAUUCAUGAUCCUACACUUCCUCUAUCUGCUUAUAAAGAAAAGCUUGAAGAAAUUAGGUCUAAACUAGCAUCUGCUGUAAAUUGCCUACCUUUUCAAAGAAUGAUUCUCACAGAAAAAGCAGGAUCAAUAAUGAGGGAAUAUGUGAAAUAUUCCCUUUAUGAUAGAAUUAGUACCAGGCCAUUUUUAACUAGCAUAGAAAAAAAGUGGAUUACAUUUCAAGUCUUAUAUGCCUUACACCAAGCUCAUAAGUUUGGAGUCUGCCAUGGUGACAUAAAGUUAGAAAACAUUAUGAUAACCAGUUGGAACUGGAUCUUACUCACAGACUUUGCAAGUUUUAAACCGACUUAUUUACCUGAAGAUAAUCCUGCUGAUUUUUCAUAUUUUUUUGACACAUCCAGAAGAAGAACAUGUUAUAUAGCUCCAGAACGGUUUGUGAAAACAUUAUCUUCAGAAUUAAGCAAUACAUUGUUACUAUCAGAACAAGAGCUAAAAACUGGUGACUUGCACCCAAUGAUGGAUAUUUUUUCUGCAGGCUGUGCUUUAACAGAAUUGUAUAAUGAAGGACACCCACCAUUUGACUUUUCUCAACUACUAGCAUAUAGAAACAGUGAAUAUUCAGUGAGCAAGCAUUUGGAUACAAUAGAAGAUUUAGGAAUACGCGAAUUGCUUGCAUCUAUGUUAGAAAGGAAUCCAGCAAAUAGAAAAAGUGCUGAAAUUUACUUAGCUCAAGCUCGUGGCACAGUAUUUCCGGAAUACUUUUAUUCAUUUUUACAAUCAUAUAUGCUUAUUUUCCUUGCUGCUCCAAUUUUAUCACCUGAUGAAAAAAUAAACAGACUUAAAAAAGAUAUUGGCAAUAUUAUUAAUAUUUUAAAAGCAGAAGAAUAUCAACAAUCAGAAUCUAAACUACCUGAGGAUCAAAAACAAAAACUAGAUUUAGAAAGUGAGAAAAAGGCUUUAACUCCAGAACCUCUUGAAGGAUUAGUUAUUAUAACUCAGCUCGUCACUUCGUGUAUACGAGGUUUACAUCACUCUCAAUCUAAAUUGCAAAGUUUAGAAAUAUUACUCGAACUUGCUGAAAACACAUCAGAUGAAACAAUAUUAGAUCGGAUUUUGCCUUAUAUUUUUCAUUUAGUUCAUGAUCCUGCUGCACGAGUCCGAGUAUCAGCCAUACAUACUUUGACAAAAUGUUUACAUCUUGUAAAAUCAAUUCCACCUUCAGAUGUAAACAUUUUUCCAGAGUAUAUUCUACCCGGUUUAUCACAUAUCACUCAAGAUGAAGCAGUGAUUGUUAGAGCUGCCUACGCGGAAAAUAUUGCACAUUUGGCACACAUUGCAUUACGUUAUUUAGAAAAUGCUCAUUUAUCUAACUUAGGUAACAAGGAAGGUCCAAAGCCAAGUUAUGAUAACGAGCUUCAAACGUUACAUGAAAUGGUGCAACAAUCUGUGUCCAUGUUAUUAACAGAUCCUCAGAAUUUGGUAAAACAAACGUUAAUGGAAAGUGGAAUAAAUAAACUCUGCGUAUUUUUUGGUAAACACAAAGCUAAUGACAUUCUACUUAGUCAUGUUAUUACUUUUUUAAAUGACAAAGAAGAUAAAGAAUUAAGAGGUUCUUUUUUUGAAUGUAUUGUUGGUGUGGCUGCUUAUGUUGGGUAUCAUAGUAGUCCUAUUCUUAUGCCUCUCCUUCAGCAAGGAUUAGCAGAUCCUGAGGAAUUUGUAAUAACAAAAGCUAUUAACACCAUGGCAACUCUUACAGAACUAGGUCUCUUAAACAAGUCUGCUCUGUAUCAACUUUUGCACGAGACUAUGGUCUUUCUAGUGCAUCCAAAUUUAUGGAUAAGACAUGCGACUGUUGGUUUCAUAUCUGCUGCAGCAAGAAUGCUUAACUUAGUAGAUGUUCAAUGCAAAGUUCAAUCAAUGAUACAGCCGUAUUUAAAGCACCCAUUAAUUCAAAUAGAAAAAGAAAUUUUAUUAUUAGAGGCCUUGGUAUCUCCCAUACCAACAAUUGUUUACACUUCUGUUCUAAAAUAUAACGAUAUAGGAGAAUUGUUUCAAGUUCUCGAACAAAGGCAAGCAGCGCGAGCUAAAGCUGCGACGGGAAUAGUACCACAGUAUAAUGAAAUAAGUAUUUCAUUACAAAAUACGAUUAAGUUCAGAAUCAAUGACUGACACUGUUGAAGAUCAGUUAUUAGUCAUGAAACCACAUUUAAUGAAGAUCAAUAAGUAUCGCAGUG